AUGACUGAAGAACGAUACGCCGACUACGCCAUCCAAGAGACUAUCAAGAGAACAGUUACGCUGCCUUGUAUGAAAGUCAAACUUGUAGUUGCAAAGAAGAAAAUACCAAAUUAUGAGUUUUUGAAUGCUGAUGCCAAGGAUCAAAUCAAAGAACUGCUUUCAAUGUAUUCUACCGAGUAUAAUUUUCAAAAAGCUUCCAUAUAUUAUGACGUAAAGGCGAGUUCAGAAAACACUUUAAAGCUUUCUAUAAGCUCACUGAAUUAUACCAAGCAAAUCAAAUUAAAUAAUAUCAAUACUAUCCUUUACGAAGCUCGUUCAUCCCUGGAUACAUGA